UAUUUGUAGGAGUUUCUCUUUUACGGGUUAAAAAAAAAAAAACUUUGGGAGGAGAAUAUUUAAAAGAAGCAUGCAAUCCUGAUUUGUUAGAUUUCCUGGACGCAGUUUAACGCUAAAUGUAACGUUGAAAAAAACACAUCUUAAUGUUGAUUAUGGAGCUGAAGUGUUCGUUUAUUCGGAAUAAAAUGAGGAAAUAUUAUCAGCGUGCGUAACUGUGACGGAUGGAUCCCUUUAAGCUGUGAGCGCAGUGACAAAACCUUUGCUCUGUGCUGUAACUCGAGAUCUCCACGGAAUCCUAACCUUGCGUUUUUAGAGGACUUCAUUGACACCUGCACUUUCACUUAUUGGGCGUGCUCAUUUUUGAGUCUCUGCUCUUGUAUCCCUGUCAACCUCAUCCCUGUAAAGAUGUCUGGAAACCUAAACAAUACAAAUUGGACUAAUCUUGAGCCAAAUAGAUUGAUCUUCACUCUGGGUUCAUCCUACAUCCUGGCCAUCAGUGUGCUUGGAAUCAUCUUUAAUGCGUUUGUGCUGAUGGUUUUCUGCUUCCACGAGAAGGCCUGCACAAUAGCUGAGAUCUACUUGAGCAACUUGGCUGGAGCUGACUUUGUUCUGGUGUGCUGUUUGCCCUUCUGGGCUGACUAUGUAGGAAAGGGCUUUAAUUGGGCUUUCAAUGAAAGCCUGUGCAAAGUGGUAACUGCCAUAUUAAAAAUGAAUGCAUUCUGCAGCAUCUACUUCCUUGUUCUGGUUAGCAUAGAUCGUUAUGUGGCACUGGUGCACCCGCUUUCCCAUGAGAGGAUACGCCGGCCAUUUUAUGCCAAACUAGCAUGUGCAGUUGUGUGGUUUCUUGGCUUGGUCUUUGCUCUCCCUGCAUUCAUCUACAGGAAAUUACUUGAUUUUAAAUGUACCCUUGACUUUGAUAAAGAUCAACUUCUAGUGUACGAGUUGACUACCAUAAUCUUCAGCUUCAUAAUCCCUUUUUUCAUUAUUUUCCUCUGCACUCUUAAGAUUAUUCAAGCCCUGAGAAACAGGCCAAAUGGACAUGGAACAGAGCAGAAGGCCACCACUCUCAUCCUGGUAGUUCUCCUGGCAUUCCUGAUCUGCUGGGGGCCAUUUCAGCUGAGCAGGAUACUAGAUCUAUUUGAAAGACUUCAGAUUCUCAAACAUGUUGGGAUUUUGGGGGAUCACAAAAUAUUAGUCUGCAAACAAAUUACUGUAUACUUAGCCUUCUUCAACAGUGUCCUUAACCCCAUUCUCUACGUCACCAUUGGGAAGAACUUCCAGAAAAAAGCAAAGGAACUCUUCAUAUCUAGGAAAUAUAAGAAAACAAGAAGAUCAAGCAUACGCUUCUCACGCACACGCUUCACAAGUGUUAAAUCGGACAUUGGCUCAAGCUAAAUAACAGGAGUUAUUUUGAGUUUUGAUGUGUGCAGUGAUUGAUGAUUUUAUUUAAUGACAAUUAUUUACCCAGGCAUAAGAAAAAAUGUGAAGCAUUUAUGUAAUGUGAAUAUAUGGGGUCUAAUUGUCUAUGAAACUGCUUCUACAAAAAGUGAUAUACAGACAUAACAUAUUUAUUACCUAAAUGUGAUAUAUAUUUCUGUUUUCUAAUGAUUUUUGGUCCCAUGCAAUAUGAAUAACCUUUACACUGGUGGAUGCUCAUAUUAAAUAAGACCAAAAACAUAAUAUAACAAUACAAAAUCAUAUGAAGGACUUGAACAAGGCCCAGUAUAAGAGCAGAGAGAUGGUAGUGAACUGGUUUUGAGUAAGGCAAAAGUUACACAUGUUAAUGCAGUUUUUCUUGCAGGUACCACAUUAAGUUUUUCUUAUUUUCUGUCAUGUAUUUAUAUUCUUACAGUGGUGGAUGCGCAUGUUAAACUUAAUAUUAUCAGUUAUCACAGAUUACAGUUUAUAUUAAACAUGAUUCAUAUCUUGAAGUCAGAAUAUAUGCAAGUCUUUUCUUAUGUUUAUCAAUUUUUUCAAAUUUCAGUUCAGGAUUAUUAUGUCUAUCUAUCUCUCUAUCUAUCUCUCUAUCUCUCUAUCUAUAUAUAUAUAUAUAUAUAUAUAUAUCUCUAAAUAUAUAUAUAUAUGACUGCACCAUCUAAAUAAAGCAAGCAGCCAGGUUCUGGGGAGUUUUUCUUUUUUUUCUUUUUUGGCAAAACUCAUGCAAUGAGUUUGCUCUCUUCAAUUGGGUCUGAGGGGCAAGUCAAAGUUGUGUGAUUCCAGCUCAAACAUUGAAGGAUGGUGACCUUUAGAACCGAGGAAAGCCUCUGUUAUCACACAGUACAUACUUACACUACAGCAUAAUUCCUGCCCUGCUUGGCCUUGCCCUGCAGUGCUGCCAGGCAACUGCUGUUAGGUUGUGGUUUGUUGGCCUUGCUUGAAUUGUUUGUGUGAAUCUUUCUACCGGUGCUUUAUCACUGUUUUUAUUUUUCUUUAUUCCUUCUCCUUUUCUGAGCCUGGAGGGAACUAAAUUAAACACACUCAUACAGCAAAUCCUCACUACACAUCACACGUCUUAUUGUCUUAACCAUCUUGUCUUGUUUCUGAAUGUCUUGUAUGUACCUGUCCUAAUAUGUCUUGUUCUUUUAUUAUUCUUGUAUUGAAAAUAAAGCUUUAAAAAAGUCUGAA